CGCCAUUUGCGCCCCCCGCACACCGCUUCCACCCGCAUUAUCGAGUUCUUGGAGGGCAGUCUUCGAGACGAUCAAGAGAACAUCAUGUAUGCCAACCCCUUGGUGUUUGCGUACGUGCGUGAACUGUUUCUUGUUCCAUCCUCCAAUCCACAGUUUCUCCGCCUCCGUAGGAGCUAGCACCCUGUAUUUCGCCCAUGUCUCCUUCCGAAGUGGUCCAUGUCAAGCAAAACGGAGAUUUCGCUUGGCGUUCGUAGGCCUGAAACGUGGAUGAUCCCGUACACUUGUAGGGGCAAAAAGCAUGGGUGUAUAUUGCGGCGAACGUGAAGGAUCUCGAGGUAGUUUGAUAAGCAAUUGCUUAAAACCUUCGACCGCAAUUAGCAGUGUAUAUAAAGACAUACCGAAGUACAUAAUUUUUUAUAACAGUGAGCUGUGGUUCUCUGUUUAAAAUAAUAUCUUUUCAAUCAUGCAUUUCCCAGCUCUGAGCCUUGCGCUUCUUACGUGCACUGGUGUCGCCCUUGCCGCACCAAAGGCAAACUCCUCAAAGCCAUAUUCGACAUGGAUGGCAACGUCGUUCCAAUCGAAGGGGCAAAAGUUCGAUAACCACUAUGUGCCCGCUGUCACAUUCGAAGGCAUCCAGAAAGCAGCGACACUGCACAACAAUGCCUCUCUUCUCGCCUACGCCUCUGACAAGAUCUCCUCCCUUGUUUUGGCCAAUGGCACGCUCCAAGGCUGGAACGCGACAUACUACACGCUCGACGACAUACGGAUGGGAAACAACAUCCUCUACUUCUGGAACUCGGAGGGCCGCAAAGAGAAGAAGUACGAGAUUGCCGCAAAAGGUCUGAGAGAUCAGUUGGAUCGAUGGCCCCGAACCGCUUCAGGUGGUUUCUGGCACCGCGCUCCGACAUACGCGAAUCAGAUGUGGUUGGACGGAAUCUACAUGGCCGAUACCUUCUACGCAACAUACACGUCGUACUUCCAGCCGGGGAACAUCACAGCAUGGAACGACAUCGCGUUGCAAUUCGACUUGAUCGAGACGCAUUGCAGGAACCACACAUCAAACCUCUUGGCCCACGGUUACAGUGAAGACAAGACCGCAGUCUGGGCUGACCCCGUAACUGGCGCCUCGCCUCACGUCUGGGAUCGUGCUGUUGGAUGGUACUUCGUAGCUCUUGUUGAGGUGCUCGAAGUGUACCCUACGAGUCUUCCCGGCUAUGCCAGGAUGAAGACCUACCUCUCGACCCUCGCAGACGGCCUGAAGAAAGCACAGGACAGCAAGGGCGGGUGGUGGUUGAUCAUGGACGAGCCAUAUCCUGGUAUGGAGGGCAAUUACAUCGAGUCGAGUGGGACGGCCAUGUUCACCUACGCAUACCUCAAGGGCAUCAGGCUGGGUUUGUUGGACAAGAAGUACAAGAGUGUAGCAACCAAGGCGUACGAUCUGAUGCUCAGCGAGUUUGUGCAACACGAGAAGAAUGGAACUUUGAGCUGGGAGGGUACGGUCGAAGUUGGAAGCUUGAAGGGUGAUGCGUCCUACGAAUACUACAUUGGUGUGCCUCUAUCUCCCAACGACGGAAAGGGUGCGGGACCGUUCAUGUACGCGGCAACUGAGUACGAGAGAUUGUAGACAACGAGGCUGGUUGGAUGUAUAUGCAUUGUAUGAGACAGUAUUAUAAUGCGAUUGAUGUUGCCGAAUUUGUGUUUAGGAUGUCGAGUAUGGUAGUGCACCAAACAAUCUCGUAGGACUGGGGCUAUAUGCAGCUACCCGUCGCACCUUGCCUUUAGCAUUCUGCACCAAAGAAGCGCGCCUCACGUCAUCACAAACUCCCCUUCAGCCAAACAUCAGCAAUCAGCA